CACACACACACACAUCCACACACAUGCAGUCUCUCUGUUACACACACACACACACAGUUUCACACCCUGCAGGGGGAAAUUUGAGUGAAACGUUACACUGAUCCACCCCGUCGCCUGUCUCCUGGGACUGUGAGUACAAGGCUGUUUAUAGGACCGGGUCCCGUGAUCCUGGAGUGGCAGUCAUUGGGGGGUGGGUGGGUGCGUGGGGGGGGGUCGGAGAUCUGAGGGUGGCCAGUAGAAAAGGAGGGGGGGCGCAUGAUGGUGUACAUUCACAUAACCGCUAGAGCAGAGGAGGGGGUGGGGUGGCUCACUCCUUCGGUUUCCUCAAGGGUAGAGAUGUGUGGAGGGGGCGCACAGUGACCGGUUGUAUUUGUCAUGUUAAUGUGUGUGUCACAUUUACGACUCCACUGCAGUGCUUCAUGACCUCACUAUUCAAAACCGUAAGGUAUUUUUGACUGGACACUUCAGCAGGGAGAGAGAGAGAGAGAGAGAGAUAGAGAGAGGGGGAGGGAGGGAGGGAGGGAAGGAGGGAGAAAAGAAUCAGAGGAGAGGAGUUGGUGUAUUUUUUUUUUCUUUUUUUUUUUUUUUGUCAUUACCGGCGUGGACUUGGCCACAACUGGUCCAUCUGUGAUUGGACACCGGGGAGCAGACCCAGGGCAGAGGAAUUGUGUGAAAGAGGACCGGACUGAAGAUCUCAGUGGCAAACAGUCAAGAUAGACUUCUAGAGAAGAGAAGGAAGGACCUGCCGAUGGCAUCUACUGUUCUGCUGAGUAACCCUCCUGUCUGUUAGAUUGUGAAGUGGGACUGCGACGUUGACUAACCACUCAGUGGGGUUCAGGAGUGUUUAACAAGCCACACACAGGACUGGAGAAGUGGCAUUCAGGAGUGUUUAACAAGCCACACACAGGACUGGAGAAGUGGCAUUCAGGAGUGUUUAACAAGCCACACACAGGACUGGAGAAGUGGCAUUCAGGAGUGUUUAACAAGCCACACACAGGACUGGAGAAGUGGCAUUCAGGAGUGUUUAACAAGCCACACACAGGACUGGAGAAGUGGCAUUCAGGAGUGUUUAACAAGCCACACACAGGACUGGAGAAGUGGCAUUCAGGAGUGUUUAACAAGCCACACACAGGACUGGAGAAGUGGCAUUCAGGAGUGUUUAACAAGCCACACACAGGACUGGAGAAGUGGCAUUCAGGAGUGUUUAACAAGCCACACACAGGACUGGAGAAGUGGCAUUCAGGAGUGUUUAACAAGCCACACACAGGACUGGAGAGGCAGAAGCCUUGCCUGGGCAACAGGCAGCGCAGACCCUGUUCUGGGAAAACCUGCUCCAGUUGGUUCCUAUUGGUGUCGGGGGAGGGCCUGUGGGGAGAGGACUGAUUAUGUCGACUCCCAGCUCCUGGGCAGAGGACAGCAGGGGGAGGAGAGGAGGUGGAGGCCACAAGCGCUCAGCAUCCUGGGGCAGUGCAGAGCACCUUAGAGAGGUAGCCAAGCUACGCCAUUCGCUACAGAAGCGCUCCAGACACGCCCCUCCAGCAGGGAGCAGUGAAAGGCCCGCCCACCCACUCCCUGGCAACCAUGCCCCUGGAGCCACACAGACGGGUCCUCUGACCCCCUUGAGUCGCCUGGCCCCCCGGCUGAGGCGAAGCGUGGAGGGGCUCAACCUAGAGCUGGAGGGAGUGUUUGUGUCCGAGACCCCAGAGGAACAGCACCAGAUCCUGGAGGUACCAGAUGGCCACCGCGCCCCUGUCCCAUCCCAAAGGUGCAGCAGCGGCUCGCAGAGCGACCCCUCUCCCGCCCAGCUCUCUCCCUCCCACUCCCCCUGUCCAAUGGCUGACCCCGACAUGGUGGAGUGUGUGACCCUGAGCCCCACUCCCUCCCCCUCUCCGCCCCCUGACGAGGUGCAGCCCUCCUCCCUCCUGCCCUUGUGCUCCUCCUUCCUGCCCUCGUGCUCCCCCCGGCCCAACAAGACCUACGCCUUCCAGAGGGAGCCCCCAGAGGGCUGCGAGAAAGUGCGCGUGUGGGACGAGGCCAUAGCCUCCUCUCAGGGGGAACCCCUCCUUCUACCCUCCUGUCCCGACCCAAACAAAGUGAACUUCACCCCACACGGAGGCUCCGCUUUCUGCCCCGUCAGUCUUCUGAAACCCCUCCUCCCCUCCAUGGACCUGCUCUUUCGCGGCCUCUCCGUCUCACCCGUCACUGGCUGCCCAGGACAAAGCCCCACCCCUUGCACAGCAUCAGGGCAUGCUGUUGGUGGGUACCUGAGUGGGCCCCUCCCAGAGGGCCCCACCAGCUCAACCAUGUAGCAGGGAAUCGACCACAACUGGAACAGUAGUGAACUGAUGGACAACAGAUGAAAGAUGAUAUUCUCCUCUUUUUUUUCACAGAGCUUUUAAAUGUAUACACAUACGAACGGACAUCUGGAUCACUAGUGAUAAAUUGUUGCUCCCAAAAAAUAUAUUAAACCUUAUAGAGGAGAAAACGCAUUUAAAAAAAAAAACAAUCACAAGCAGCAGCACGGCUAAUGGAAACAUGGAAGAUUUUUUUACACACAGUGUUGAAGCACUAGACGGUAUAUCGUUCUCAGGACAACCUCCUUGUGUCCGUUCUCUGUGCUCUAGAUUGGAUGUUGAUUCCUGUCACUCUCAGCUGAAAUCUGAGAGGACCAUUACUGAAUUGGCCUUUCAGUAAGGCAAGAACAGAUGCUUUUGUGCCACUGUGUCAUUUUCUGUAGUAGAGCAUUAUAUUUCUCAAACGGUCAAAUGCAUACAGUACAUGUGGCCUGGUUAUCCCUUUGGCACAUAGCAAACGGUAGACCAGACCUCGUGACGUGAAGUCAGGCUGUCAUGGCAACCUCAGGACUGAAGACGGUGAUGCACUCAGCUCAUCCAGCAGGAAGAGUCACAGACUGGCAGACUGAGAGCCUCUUAUGAAACUCCUGCACUAGCAAACUGGCCUCUCUGCAAAUACAUGGACUGGGCUGCUAUUGUUUUUUAAGAGGGCUUCCCCAAAUCUCACAAACCUUGCUCCACUCUGAGUAUUUUAUAUUUUUCUCUGACAUUGUUAACACCCUUCUGUGCUAGUUCAAAACAGGUGGUGCAUAAUUAAGAGGGUGAGUUUCGUUCAGGCUUUGCUGUCUAUUGAGCUUAUUCGGUAUCUUUCCCUGUUCACCUGUAACCAUAAGCUAAUCGUUCACAGUUCGCAGUUAUGAAUGUCAUGGAUAAGACACAGAGAAGCUGUGUCUCUCCAUUAGCCUGAGUAGCAAACCCUGGCCAAACCUACAAAAACGUUUCAAUUGUUGAAGAGUAUGUGGUAUGAGUCGUUUUCUUUUUUUUAAAUGUUUGAGUAUUCUGUUAAACUGUCUGGAAUGUAGUGUUUUUUUUUUUUCUCAAAUGAUUUAUCCAGUACAAACUGGAGAGCAAUGAAGGGCCUGUGAUGAGCAGUGCUUUGUAAUGGAGCUUCCUCAUAGGUGAACAUAUGUGGAACCUGUGGCAACCUACUGUAGCCAUGGUGCUACUAUACCUACAGACCCGCAUUUUUGGUGCCUUUUUCAUUUUUUUUCUUGUUGUUCAUGAUGUUCUUUUUAAAAGCCAAAAAUAUGAAAGGGACGUUUCAUAAAACAUAUUUAAUAAUUGUUAGAGGUGUCUUUUCAGGGUUUGAGAUGCACUUUUUUUUAUUUUUAGAUUGCCAGUUUGAGUUGUAUCGGUAUGGUUGUUUGGGAAGGACAGAUGGAAGAUCUGGACCAUAGUUUCAGUACAGCCAUUUUGGAGGAGCAAGUGAGAAGUCAUAUUUGGUUCUUUAUUGUCAUUGUUACGAUGUUCACUUCGGCUGUUGCAUUUGUAAAACAAUAUGCGUAUUUGUAUGUAUUUUUCACAACUCUGGCUUUAGGGUAGUGUACAUCAGGGCUGCAUUCUCAGAGGGUAAACAUACUGCUUUUUGUCAGCACUUAAACUUUUGGUGGUUUUGACAUUUUCUUUCCUUUUUGAAAAACCCUUUGAAGGUGUAGUGUAUUUUGGGGUGUUAUAAAGGCAAGCAUAUCCAUCAGUAUUGUUCAUAUAGAUUUUGAGUUUAAACUGUUUCUUUGUAACACAUUUCAGUCAUGUGUUUAAUGUGGUAGACAUAUAGUUAAGACUAUGUUUUGAGUGGGAAAUGUUUUGCUACUCCAUACAAUCAGUGAUUUUGCUUGAAAAAUGUUUACAUGUUGGUGGUUCAAGGUUUUCUUCCAUGUUGCUGUAGCAUAUUUUUCAUCUGUUGUGUACUGGAACUGUGUGUUCAGGCUGUCUUGAGUGUUCAGUUGUGUUCAUAAUUCGUAUGAUUGGAUGAAUUAAAAGACCGAUUCUCAA